CGGCAAAGGCAGAGGCUGCGGGGGGGGAAGGCCGGAAGGGGAUGAAGGCCGCGGCCUCCCCCCCGCGGAACUACAGCUCCCAGCCCACCCCGCGCCGUCCCCAUGGCGACGGGCAGCCGGGCCCGGCCGGCGGGGAGCGAUGCCCAAGGCCGGCGACACGCUGUGGGACAUCGCGCUAGCUGAGGUGGAGAAGAGAGAAAGCCCCGACGGCGAUGGCAAGCGCGUGGAAGUUUGGGAGAAGUCGGUGCUGUUUGUGGGGAGCAAAAACGGGCAUUUACCUGAAAAGUAAAUCAGAAGAUACUUGCCUUUUUGACCAAGGAAAGACCACUAUUAUACUGAGGUGUCUUGAGAGGGAAGAGAUUCCAAAGCCCACAUUAGCUUUGGAGUAUACCUUUGGAAGAAGGGCAAGGAGACACAAUGCACCCAAAGAUAUAGCUCACUUUUGGGAACUAGGUGGUGGAACCUCAUUACAAGAACUGAUUCGAAUACCAAUCACUAGCAACAACAUAAGGUCGUUUGCUGUAGUUCUUGUAUUGGAUCUGUCCAAACCUAAUGAGCUCUGGACUACCAUGGAGAAUCUUUUGCAGGCCAUCAGGGACCACGUGAAUAAAAUUUUAGCCAAACUGGAAAAAACAAAUCCUGAAGUAGCUACUGAAAUUAAACAGAGGAUGCGGAACAGUCUGCAGAAGGAUCAUCCAGAUUACGAGUUGGUUGACCCUUUUCCAAUACCCUUGGUGAUUAUUGGAAGCAAAUACGAUAUUUUUCAUGAGUUUGACUCUGAAAUGAGGAAAACAGUAAGCAAGACACUUCGAUUUAUUUCGCAUUAUUAUGGAGCAUCAUUGGUGUUUACCAGUAAAUCUGAGGCUCUCCAGCUGAAAGCCCGUGUUCUUAUUAAUCACUUGGCAUUUGGCUAUGAGAGAAGCAAGUCUGUAUCAGUGGAUCACAGCAAACCUCUAUUUAUACCAGCAGGCCUGGAUUCCCUGAGCCAAAUAGGACCACCACCCACCUCUGAUAGCGAUAUUGGAAAGAUGCGUGCAAACACUCCUUUGGAACUGUGGAAAAAAGUAUUUGAGAAGACCUUUCCUCCCAAGAGUUUCUAUGAUUUACAAGCUACCAAAGACCCUGGACAGGAUUCACAAUAUGCAGAGCAUGAAGUUGAUGUCAUGAGAGCUCAGAAAAAACAGGCUGUUCUUUUAGUUUGGAGAGAAGAUCUCUUAGCUGAUUAUAUAGCUACAGUAUAUUUCAGAAGUCUGCCUAUGCUUAUAAUAUGGGAUUUCACGAGCAGGAAGGUAGGGUUUGUCAAAAUUGUCUCUGGAAUGAUCUUUAAGUUAUAUAUUAGGUUUAUUGUUUGGUUGGUUGGUUGUUUUUGUGUGUUUGUUUUUUACAUUGCUGACCUAUAGAAAUUUAUUUUACUUUCUGUUUUACACCACAAGUAAGGAAGUAUCCUUUCCUGACAGCACUUUUUUCCCUGAAUCACUAACUUUGUUAAAGAUUCUUUUCAGUAAGUUUCUUCCGGUAUAGUCCUUUUAGUUUCUAUGCUUUCAUUUCUCAUUGAACGUCAUCUUACUUUGUGUCUCUAAAAUAUUUAUCACUUUCUUCUGUACUUUUGUAUGUAGUGGAAUGGCUAUACAGUUUUAAUAUAUGCUGAUUUUGAUACCUUGCACUUUACAGCUUUGAAUUGCCUUUGUAUCAAAUUGCCUUGUAGCUAGUUAAAAUUAGAGCAAAAUAAAUUCUGUUAAAUUAUCUACUGCUUUCUUGAAAUAGGUUAGUCAGACUUGAUACAUUUGUAAGGCUAAUUAUUUGGGCAACACCUAUAGACCUCAACCCUACAGCAUUGUCUUUAUGUGUAAAACCUCAUUGUCCAUUUCUACCACUUCCUGUAGCAUCUCAGAAAAUUGUUAAAUUGGAAUUAUUUACUUGGCAUAAAUAGGAUACGUGUGCUUCUUAAAAUGAUUACAGUAUUCUCUACCUAACAAACUGUUGGAAGCUUGCCAACAGUUCAGUACAUUCCAAGAUCAUAAAUACUUUAUAUUAAUAAUGAAGGAGUGAAAAUACUGAGUAAAGGCUGGCUUACAGAUGGAACUAUACAGUAGUACUGGAGCUGUACUUAACAAUGCAACUUAACUAGAUUUAGACUGGAUACAGUUUGUUCUACAUCAGUCAUUUGUGAGUUAUGUAACCGUAAAACCAGACUUUUGCAAGCAUCUUGAAGGAUAUGCGCUAAUUACAAAUCCUCUUACCUGUUCAUAAAGCUGUGGUGUUCUCUGAAAGUUUUGCACUGCUGAUGAAGCUGCUGAAGUUACUGCCUGAGAGAAAAUUCAGUGGAAUUGCCUUGCAAUUUCUAGACAACGAUUUCUCUGUUGCUCUGCCCUUCAUUUUGUUCCUCACUCAGUGCUUGGGACUGAUAAUUAAUACUACUUUUAAAUUCACCAGGUGUGAAUUUUGUCGGUAGUGUCUGUAUAUCUACAGAGAAACCUCAGUCUGUUAAGUCCAUUCCAUUAAAAACAGAACAGUAAUCACAAACACUUGCCCACUUUUGAGGGUCUUCACUGCAUUUACACUAAUCAUUGGUUCAUGUCCAGCUCUUUUCCUUUUUCUUUGUCAACCUCCAAAUUUUCUUUAUCGUCAUCCCAAGCUAUUUCAGUACCUGUACAACCAUAAUUACACAGACGUUAUUUUCUGUGAUUCUUGGAGACUGGAUUUACUUUUUGCUUUGGCAGAGAAUUUUAAUGUGUCUUUUGUCUCUCUGUUUGGCUUUAGAGUGAAUUUCCAAAAGGAUGAAUAUUCUCCACCUUUUGUUUCUGCUAAAAGCAUGUUGGGAAGAGGAGUUCGUGUUUUUUAAGUGAAUUUAGGAACAAGAUCAUAAAAUAGCUGCUGUGUUAACUUCUCUUACUUAAAGUGUUUGCUUUUAGCAGCCUACUAUAUUGCUCUAUUUGCAUGAAUUCUUCAAUAAGUAAUGGAAACAACUGAAAAAAAAAAAGAGCUUUUGCCUACUCAGUCCUAUUCACAGCAAUAUAUUUACAUGGCAAGAUUUAGUGUCUUCAUAGAUCAUGGUGCUGUCUAAAUUUGGAAAUCUUCUUUUAGAAGCCAUUCAAGUAACAAAUGUUAAAUGUGGCCUUCUACUCAGUUUCAGACUGUGCAUCUAACUUUUUUUAGUUGCACAUAAAGCACAUAAUACUCCUCAGAAGACCUUCCUGGGAUGUUUACCACAAUAUAGGACUUAACACUGAAGGGACUUGGUAAGUCAUAGCAGCACUAUAUCAAAUUUAUCCUUAGGGUUAAUUGAACUCAGUGAGAAAUUCCAGCAUAAUUAUUUAUUUUGCAUUGUAGUUAAUAGACGGUUAAUACAUACUUCUGAUAAAAGAUACAAUGACCUUUUUUUUCUCGUUGUAAGCAGUACAUGCUUAGGUCUACCAAUUACCUCAUUAGAGUAUCAUCUUCUUGCAAGUGUAGUAAAGUACAGCACCUGUAGUAUAAUUCUGUUAAAAAUCAUACAGUACAUUUUUUCCUACUGUGAAAAUUUUUUGUACAUGCUUUAGAGUAUUAGAUGGCUAAUGUAUCUCAUCACUUUCAGUUAUGAGGAUACUAAAUUAAUAUGUAUUCGUGCUUCUCUUUUAGGAGCUUGAACAAUACAAAA